CGAUAAUCUAUUAGUCCUGUACACUUCUCUUUGUGGAUGUUUUUGUGAAACAGGUAACCGGCUAUGCAGGCGUUCACCUUUCAUCGUCUGGGACUGAGGAUUCGGAACACGUGGGUGACGGACGCGCUGUCAGAGCUACUCAGCACCUUCAUACUCGCUAUGUUCGUGUACGCGUCCGGAGCGCAAGACCUGCUGUCCCACGGGUCUGCAAGCUCACCCACGGGCAGGGCCUUGGCUGGAGGGGUUGGGCUGAUGAUCGCUGUAUAUGCAGGUCUAGGAGCAUCAGGAGGAAGCGCGAACCCAAAUGUAUCCCUGAUGUUCUGUCUGCUCGGAAAGAUGAGAUGGAGGAAACUUCCGCUAUAUAUCAUUGCAGAGAUGGUGGGUGCAUUCCUCGCUGCGGCGACAACUUACUACAUAUAUGAAGAUCUUAUAGAUGCAUACGACGGAGGGACACGUGUUGUCAGCGGUGACUUUGCCACUGCACAACUGUUUACUUCAUUUCCGCACGCUAGUAUCACCAGGGCAACGGGCUUCUUUGACAUUGUGAUGGGAACGUCACUGUUAACAGGUGCGAUCGCUGCCAUAACGGACCCGAACAACGCGGGAACCAACAAGGACCUGAUACCACUGGUGUUCGUGCCGAUGCUGUUUGGCAUCGUUAUGACUUUCGGUGUACAGACUGGGGCAGCAAUUAACACAUCCCUUGACCUGUCGGGCAGAUGUUUUGCAGCUAUCAUCUACGGUCCGGAAGUAUUCAGUAUACACGACACCUGGGCCUUUGUUCCUCCACUGGGUGGGCUCGUGGGCGCCAUUCUUGGACCAUUCGUGUAUCAGAUGAUGGUUGGGAACCACCUGGAAACAGUUGCUAGUCGACAAUUUGAUUCCCAGUCGAUUUCAGCGCCAGCAGUUUUAAAGGAGUACAAAUCCAACAUGUCCUCCGGGUGUUACACAAUCGCAGGGGAAUCGACAACAAUCGCAGGAAAUUCGACCACAAUCGCAGGGGGUGUUACACAAUCGCAGGUGACUGUACCACAAUCGCAGAUAACUCGACCAGAAUCGCAGGGGGUGUUACACAAUCGCAGGGUACUGUACCACAAUCGGAGGGGACUAAACCGCAUUCCAGGAGACUCGACCACAAUCACAGGGGACUUUACCACAAUCGCAGGGGCCUGUACCACAAUCGCAGGGGACUCGACCACAAUCGCUGGGGACUGCACCACAAUCGCCGGGGACUCGACCUCAAUCGCAGGGGACUCGACCACAAUUGCAGGGGGUAUUACAUAA